UCAUCACGCCCUAACUUCCCCAGCAUCCGGGCACUUUUGGGCUAGCCAGUGUGGAGGGUGGGAAGGAAAGGAAAGAGGGCAGCGGUGGAAGGCGAACAGAUGACAGCUGUCAGCGUUGACAAAGACACUUUGAAAUUCUCACGAGAGGACUAAUGUCGGGCCCCUAAAACACCGAGGCGUGGUGUGUUGGAGUUUUUUUUUUUAAUACAGUUCGAGAAGGUUUUUACCAAUAAUCAAAUUCACGUCAUACCCUUGUCCAUUACUGGAGGAGCUGCUACAGUUGGUGGGAAAACAUGGGCACACAAGGCACUGGUAGGAAGCGUGCACCGCUAAAAGAUCGCUUCUCUGCUGAGGAUGAGGCAUUAAGCAGUAUUGCACGAGAGGCAGAGGCAAGGCUGGCAGCAAAGAGAGCAGCACGGGCAGAGGCCAGGGAUAUUCGUAUGAGGGAGCUUGAACGUCAGCAGAAAGAGCUGGAUGAAAAAUGUGACAAACAGUAUUCAGACUACAGUCGGCCAUCUUCCCGCUGUGCCACUCCAGGCCUAUCAGCAGCAACAUUGGCAUCGCUGGGUGGAACUUCAUCGCGACGGGGUAGCACAGAUGCCAGCAGUGUCUAUGAUCAAGACAGUAGUCUGAGCGAACUUAGGGAUAUCUAUGAACUAAAGGACCAGAUUCAGGAUGUAGAAGGGCGAUACAUACAAGGGCUUAAAGAGCUGAAGGAAUCCCUUACCGAGGUCGAAGAGAAGUAUAAGAAAGCAAUGGUAUCGAAUGCACAGCUCGACAACGACAAAGGUAACCUCAUCUACCAAGUGGACACUUUAAAAGAUGUCAUAGAGGAGAUGGAGGAGCAAAUGUCAGAGAUGAAACGGGAGCUGGAAGAAAAAUCAAAGGAACUAGAAAGGCAAAAGCACACAUGCACUGUCCUGCAGCAUAAACAAGAAGAACUGAAAGAGGGAAUCCGUCAGAGAGAUGAACUUAUUGAGGAGAAACAACGAUUGCAGACUAAGUUAGAUGUUCUCACCAGAGAGAUGUUUGACCUGCAGGAAACAAUAAACUGGAAGGACAAAAAGAUUGGGGCCCUAGAGAGGCAGAAAGAGUACUUUGAUUGCAUUAGGAAUGAGAGAGAUGAGCUCAGACAUGAGCUUGCUGACCUCAAGGGGAAGACCAAAUCAGUGGAGACACACGGGCUCGUCAUCAUCCCGGACGGUACAACAAACGGCGAUAUCAACCACGACCCCGUGUCUUCGGGGAUCACUGUGGUCUCACAAGAAGCCGCCCAGGUACUGGAAUCUGCAGGAGAGGGUCCCCUCGAUGUCAGGCUACUGAAGUUAGCUGAGGAGAAGGAGGAGCUGUUGACUCAGAUCAGGAAGUUGAAGAAUCAGUUGGAGGAGGAGCGACAGAAGCACUCCAAGGUGGACGGUGUGUACACUGAUGGCGAAAAGAUGGAGAACGGUACCGACCUUCACUUCAUUGAGAUGCAGAGAGAUGCCAACAGACAGAUUAGUGAAUACAAAUUCAAGCUUUCAAAGGCAGAACAGGAAAUGGGUACAAUGGAACAAAAUAUAAACAGACUUGAAGGACAAGUUUCAAGGUACAAGACAUCCGCAGACAACGCUGAGAAAAUAGAAGAUGAGCUUAAAGCAGAGAAACGCAAACUCCAGAGAGAGCUCCGCACAGCACUGGACAAGAUCGAAGAGAUGGAGAUGACCAACAACCACCUCGUAAAGCGGCUGGAAAAGAUGAAGGCCAACAGGAACGCUCUCCUCUCCCAGCAGUGAAGGGAAGUCGGCAUCACCACAGAAGCCCUUAAAGUCGCACCGCCGAGCCGACUGCCAUCUAGCGCACGGAGCACCCGUGCUCUCCAACCUCUGACGCUUUCAACGUGUAGCGCACCAAAAGAAAAACAAAACAACUCAACUCCAUGCUGGACAAAAUAAUGAGCAGAGCUGCCAUUGUUUGCAAACCAAAGGUUUUGGUUUGUCGGGGCCGGCAUUUGCCAGGACUAAAAUGUAAUGGAAUAUAACAGCAGUGGGAGAUACUUGUGAGGAAAUGUCCAUUUUCAUCUCUCUUCUACAUUUUAUUCACAUGAUUUAAGUUCAUAGCGGGUGGGUGCUUGGCCGUUCUGUUUUUGUUUUGUUUGUAUUGACUAAGUUGCAUGGAUGAAUAUCAUGAUGCUUUUUUAAAGUACAUGCUGUCACGGCUGCUCUGGCCCUGCACCUUCCAGUAUCCCUCACAGAAGUCAAGUGCCUUCUCCAUCAAACAAUAAUGCUUUUAACUGGUGGUACAAUAUAUAUUUAAAGAGGUGCAGAUGGAAAAUAUAGCCAGCCAACUGCUGCAGUUUCCUUCACUUUUUUUUGUCAAAUAUUUAAAAGAUUUCUUGAAAAUAAAUUGAAUUGUGGUAACA